AUGCCGCCUGCCCCAAAAGCCGCGUCAUCGCCAACUGCUGAGCCUGCGGCAGCCCAUCCAGAUCCUCCGUCUGCUGAGGCUCCUCCGGCUGCCGUGGUCGCUCCUCUAGCUCCCGUUCGCCAGGAGCCUGAGCAAGUGGCGCCUGCUGCGGUUCCAUGUCGUCCGCAGUCUCCUGAUCGCCGCCCAUCACGACCCCAUUCGCCCGCCCCACGCGAUGAGCGGGAGUCCUCGCGGCGUCGGCAGGAGUCUCCUCAGCGCCGCUCAUCGGGCGGGAACUGGCACGCGCGACGGGGUGGGCGCGGGGGCUGGAGGGGAGGGUACGGUCGCGGACGUGGCGGCGCGUUUGAUGGGCCGGUGACGAUGGCGGACUUGCAGUGGGUUGUAACAGCUGCGAUGCGGGAGGAGAGGGCCCUGCAGGCGAACCAGCAGCUCCCUCGUGCAACUGCCGCUCAUCCUCCUGUUGUGCUUCCUGUGACUGCACCAGCGACGGUUGCUCCUCAGCCUCCUGCUCCCCCUGCUCCUUAUCCGUCCCUUCUGCCCUGUGACUCUGCUGCUCGUGCUGCUGGUGCACAGUCGUUCCAGACGUUUGCGUGUUCUUCCUGCGCGGCUGAGGUUCCGGAGGCGACCCUUGGGCAGCUGUGGCGCCUGGCCAAGGGUUUGCGGGCUGUUCAUCUAAUCCAGAUGCACGGUCACGCGGGUCUCUCCCUUGGGAACACUCUGGUUGGCGGUUCCCGGGACGAGUGUCUUGACGCCGCGGAUCGGCUCGCGGAGCUCCUGGCGCCCGUGUUGGCUGCGCCCGCGAGGGGAGGAGUUGCGGGCGUCGGGCAGCUGGGGACGGCUGUACGAGGCCUGAGGCGCUUUUUGCGCGCUGGGACUGCAGCCGAUGUGAUCGGCGCAAGCAUGAUGGUGGUGCGGGAGCUCCACCGCUCUCUGACUGGGCUCCUUGCUGUUCUUGAUGCUGAUCAGUUCUAG